AUGGCUUCUUGCAGAACAGGACGGCUCCCAAUGCCGGACGACCCACUUUUCAAUCCCGCACAUAUGGCUGGUCUUCGGUCAAGUGCGCGUAUUGCAGGAGUUGGAUUACUCGCCGUUAUUUGGAUCAUGUACCAAAAGCUUUACCACUCGCACCAUUAUAUUACAUACAAGGGCCCCGACAAUCCGUUUGCUCGUAUUCGCCAUCGUCGCUACCCCGGUGGAGGUUUCUUCUUUGGAUGGGGUAACAAUGGGCUGAAUCGUGAUUGUGGUUUGAAGGAAUGGGAAUGCUGGGCGGGGUACACCGGAAAAGAGUAUACGUAUUAG